AUGGCGGCCAUGGAGAAGUACAAACAGUUUGUGGUGACUCUGACUUGUGCGGCAGUGAUGGCAACGAUGGCCGUCAUUUUCGUGCUGAGGUGGGUUCUGCACUUCAAGGAGGGUCUGGCCUGGGACGGAAGUCCGGCCGAGUUCAACUGGCACCCGCUGCUGCUCGUCUGCGGCUUCAUUGUGCUGCAAGGUCUGGCCAUCAUCGUGUACAGACUCCCGUGGAGCUGGCAGUGCAGCAAACUUACAAUGAAGUUUAUCCACGCGGGCUUGAACUUCGUGGCCUUCAUUUUUGCUGUUGUGUCUUUGGUGGCGGUUUUUGACUUCCACAACGCUGCCAAGAUCCCCAACAUGUACAGUCUGCACAGCUGGUUGGGUCUGACAGCCGUGAUAUUGUAUUGUCUGCAGCUUGUUUUAGGGGUCGCCAUGUACUUGAUACCAUUCACACCUGUAGCCUGGAGAGCAGCCUUCAUGCCCAUCCAUGUCUACAGUGGCCUUCUACUCUUUGCUUCAGUCAUAGCAGUGGCACUCAUGGGCAUUACUGAGAAACUCAUAUUUGGCCUGAGCAACCCAAAGUAUAAGGACUCCCCUCCCGAGGCAACAUUUGUGAACAUUCUAGGAGUCCUUCUGGUAGUUUUCGGUGCUCUGAUCCUCUGGAUUGCCACUCGGCCAUCUUGGAAACGGCCGAGUGAACAGACCUUGCAUACUUUGCAUUCCGAUGAGGAGAGCACUAGAGUCGGUCCGGCCUUGUCUGAACUCUCGGAUGAAAGAGAGGGCGAAGCCUUUGGGGAGACCCGCAGAAGGAGUAAUAAAUUAGAGGAUCAGGUCAACUGA